CGGGGCGCCGGCGGGGCGAGGGCCGGAGCCGGCGGCCGGCGGGCCUGGGGCGGCGUCAUGGCCUCCGAGGUGGCCGCGCGCCGCGACGCCAAGAAGUUGGUGCGCUCGCCCAGCGGCCUGCGCAUGGUGCCCGAGCACCGCGCCUUCGGCAGCCCGUUCGGCCUGGAGGAGCCGCAGUGGGUCCCGGACAAGGAGUGCUCCAGAUGCAUGCAGUGUGAUGCCAAGUUUGACUUUCUCACCCGGAAGCACCACUGUCGCCGCUGUGGAAAGUGCUUCUGUGACAAGUGUUGCAGCCAGAAGGUGGCGCUGCGGCGCAUGUGCUUCGUGGACCCCGUGCGCCAGUGUGCGCGCUGCGCCCUGGUGUCCCACAAGGAGGCCGAGUUCUAUGACAAGCAGCUGCGGGUGCUGCUGAGCGGAGCCCCCUUCCUGGUGACCUUCGGGAAUGCUGAGAAGCCGGAAGCAGUGGUCUGCCGCCUUUCCAGCAACCAGAGGUUCCUGCUUCUGGACGGAGACAGCCACCACGAGAUCGAGGUCGCUCACAUCUCCACUGUGCAGCUCCUCACCGAAGGCUUCGCUCCUGGAGAAAAAGACAUUCACGCUCACACCAGCCUUCUGGGGAGCCAGCCUGUCUCUGAAGGGGCCAACACACGGGCCACGGGCAUGUCCCUGCAGUACUCUGUGCCCGGGGUAGAGGGCCUGAGCCAGCUGAGGCUGAUGGCCGGGGAGGAUGACAGCAGGAGGCAGUCGACUGCAUGGCUGGUGGCUAUGCACAAGGCUGCCAAACUCCUGUACGAGUCACGGGACCAGUAAGCACGUGGGAUUCGGCAGUGUGGACCAGGGGAUCCUGUCUGCUGGGCCAUUGUCCGAGCCGGAGAAACAGGAGUUCGUGGGCCUAGUGCAAUAAGCUCCCAGUCUAGCUGCUCUUGAAGCUGCCGCUUGCUCUCACGUGGGCUGCCAGCUGCGGUGGGAUCACACUGCUGGGCUCCAGCUCACCAAUAGCUUCCAGGGUGGUGGGAAGUGUCCCCUCCCCCUUCCCCCUCCCCCUCCUGAGGUUUAGGCAGUGGUCACUCAUCCAGGUCUUACAGUGCCUUCCGCCAGUUCACCUCACUGGGUUGGGGCCACAGACCAACCUCUGACACUUCGACACUUCACUAGGGGACAGAACCAGAUGUUUUGUACUUCUCACGUUCUACUUCACUUCCUUAAACGAUGUGUACACAAUUUGUAUAUAAAGCUUAUGAU